AUGAAUGAAACCCAGAACAUCAGUAUGGACAUUUAUUCAGCCAAAGUUCCCAAGCUCUACUUAGAUGGACCCUACAUUGCUGCAGAGCUGGUCAUUGCAACUGUCUCCACAACAGGGAAUUUCCUGGUCUGCCUUGCCGUCAAGCUAAACAAGAGGCUCCAAACUGUCACCAAUUACUUCCUGGUGUCACUUGCCGUGGCUGACUUCUUUGUAGGAGCCCUGGCCAUCCCCUGUGCCAUCCUAACAAACCUGGGCGUGCCUUACCACAACCUGUAUCUCUGCAUCCUGAUGCUCUCAGUACUCAUCAUGCUUACCCACACAUCCAUCUUUAGCCUACUGGCUGUGGCAGUGGAGCGCUACAUAGCCAUUCUUCUACCCCUCCACUACCAGAGGAUUAUGAGACCCUGUAAUGCUAGACUGAUCAUACUUGUCACUUGGGUCUUGGCUUUCCUGACCGGCUCCAUACCUCUGAUGGGCUGGCACAAGACCCCACCUCAGUCCAGCCACUGCUUCUUCGACUGCUUCAUCGACUUGACCUAUAUGGUGUACUUCAACUUCUUUGGCUGUGUGUUGGUGCUCCUGGUGGUGAUGUUCAUCAUCUACGGCCACAUCUUUGCCACGGUGCGGCGGCAGAUGAGGCGCAUCACUACGCUCCAGACUGCUGGCGAAGUCCCGGCGAGCCGAGCCGCCAGCGUGCGCCGUGAGGUGAGGAAGGCCACGUCCCUCUUCCUGCUCCUCUUCCUCUUCACGGUCUGCUGGGUGCCCAUGCACGUAGUCAACUGCUUCCUCCUGUUGUGCCCACGGUGCACUGUGCCAGUGCCCAUCAUGCUCAUGGCCAUCAUCCUCUCCCAUGCCAACUCGGCCUUUAACCCCCUCCUCUACGCCUAUAGGAUGAAGUCGUACCGCCAGACCAUCAAGAGCGUGUUCCGGAGCUGCAGAGCGACUGUCAAACCCGGAGAGUAG